AUGUUUGAGCAUGCUUUUGGCGUGGAGGCCGAGGACGAGCUUGAUGUUGAGCUGGAUAGCUUGUGCGAAAAUUUUUGCAGUGAGGUUGGCUUGGGAGUGGGCCUAUAUUGUGCCAUUACGGGGCUGCCGCUUUCCGGUGGCAGCAGAGCCUCGGUUCGAUCCAGGGGGCGGUUGCACGGCGCUGUGGCCUACUUGUGCCUGAUUGCGAUUCAGGAUUUUGUGAAGGUGAUCCGGGUGCGGGUCGGGGUGAUCUCGUUCUACACGAUUCUGCGGUUUGUGGAAGAGUUCGAAGCCGGCGCUGGUCGCGAGCAGGCAGUGCUGCCACAGGCGGCAUCAGCAGCGAUUCCUUCUCUGGCGAUGCCGGAGAAGGGGAAGGCACCAAUGAGCCACGUCCUUCGACGGGAUGGAAUAGCUGGGCAGAAAACGGCGCUUGGCAAGGCGAUGGGUCGGUGCCAAGCCCUGGCCAUCGAAGCAAUGAAAAUUGGUCUUGGAGCUCCACGGGUGCGGGUCACGGAGGCGACCGCGGCUGGCAGCGGGCGAAUGAGAACUGACUAUGUCGGAGAUGGCGAGAAGGGCAAGAGUGCUUCAAGGGCGUCUUCGGUGGCCUCACUCAGCGAGGCGGACGCCGGCAGCGUGAAGGUGGUCGGCGAGGGCGGCGAGAGAAAGUUCGGGGGGAAGGUGUCGAGCACGUAUCCCCCGAUCUUCAAGGCCCGGCCUCAGGAGAGCUAUGUGGAGUGGAAGCAAAGUGUUGAGUUUUGGAUAGGCGGUGAGGGCGGUCAGCUACUUGCGGAACUGAUAGGCCCUCGGAUGGUGGUCCAGCUCAAGGAGCGCGCCGCUCAGCUGGUCAAGCUCCUGGGCAACGCCGAUGGGAACGGUCCCGACAGUAAGCAAUUCAUUUUUGAGGAGGUUGAUAUCCUUGAACCGUGGUCCGGAGAAUAUUUGGAAUCUUACGUGACUCGGGCCUUGAUUUAUCGCACGCUCCUCCUGGCAAUGGAUGGCAGCAUGACCAUCGGCGAAACCUUUUACGUGGGCCACCUUGUAGAUCAUGCUCACUUGACCCGUCGGGCCUGUGCGAUGGUAAAGACAAAGGCCGGCAGCGAGACGGACGAAUUCCUGGUGACGAAUGCCUUCAUCGAGCUGGCGAGCGAGCUGGAAGGCGAGCAGGGAUACCCGAUAGGUGCUUCAGAGCCGAAUGCCACAAAGGAGUGGUUGCUUCAGGGGGAAGAGGGCAAGGGCCGUCCGGUCCCCAAUCGUCUUCCCCGAGCGGCGCUGGCGGCCGAGCAGCUGGAUGGCGACACUGUCACGGACCUGGAUGACUACGGCGACGAGUCCUUGGACGGGGAGGACUAUACCCCGGAGUUGCACGUGGCCGUGAACGAGGCUUUCGGCAUUCAGCACCGGGCAAAGCAAAAGAUCGCUGAAGGGGGGAAGCUUCGCCAGUACUACCGGCGGCCGGACCUCGAGGAGCGCAAACGAGCCUUGGCCGAAUAG